AUGACGUCAUCAGUUGCGGAAGGCAGACAGACAGCGGUGCGGCAAGCCGCCUCCGUCCGGCUCGAGCCCACCAGCGAGGAGUGUGAGGGCUCGUACCCGCGCAGCGCCCUGCACGAUCAAAGCAGACGGCACCGGACGGCCUUCACGCGGGACCAGCUGUCCCGUCUGGAGCAGGAGUACCGCAGAGAGAGCUACGUGUCCCGGCACCGACGCUGCGAGCUGGCUGCGGCGCUGAACCUGCCCGAGACCACAGUAAAGGUGUGGUUCCAGAAUAGGAGGAUGAAGGAUAAACGUCAGAGGCACUCCAUGUCGUGGCCUCACCCACUCAUCAAUCCACUGGGUGCUCUUCUGAUGGGCCGGACUUCUCCAUCUUCCACCCUGAUUUACCCCUUUAUCACGCCCCACCUUCCUCAUCACUAUCCCCCCAUGACGCUUUCCUCCACAGCAUCUUCAGCUCACAGUCCGUACAGCGCACCACUAAGGCAGCUGGAUCUUGGUCACCUCCCCCAGUGCCUCAACAGGCCUCAGGAGCUGCCUCCAGCAGCUGUAGCCCUUUACCCCUCCACCAGCAUCAUGCACCAUCCAGCUUCCUGUCCCUGCUUCCUCUGCUACCGCUGGGGACAAGAACAGUUUCUCAAAGCCAGAGAGGGGGCUGUACUGAGCCAUCCCAACAGUUCCAAGUCCCAAAACCAGCCUGCCUUUCUGUAGCAAAGAGAAGUGAUGUGAAAGAAAACUGCAAUGAGAAGGAAAUGUUCUCAUUGUGCCUUCAGUUCAUGAAUUAAGUGACAUCCCAACUAUAGAACAAAAAGUUUCAGAUAACAUGCACCUUGUCUUCCUCUCUGCUUCAUGCACAUGUGGACCACACUGAUAAACUCAGCCAUCAAGGAUGUCAUAUUUAUAAAGGAGAACUCCUAACAUCUCAUCUCUUACUUUGAUUUAGUUGUUUAUUAAGAAUAACAGAUUUGAACUGUUUGACCUAUAAAACAUUCAAAAAUG